CAGGUCGCCGUCGUCACCGGGGCCUCGGGCGGGAUCGGCGCGGCGAUCGCGCGGCAGCUCGCUGCGGCGGGUGCGGCGGUCUGCCUGGCGGCACGGCGGAAGGGGCGGAUCGAGGCGCUGGCGGGGGAGCUGUCCCGCGCGCACGGCGUGCCCACCCUCGCCGUGGUUGCGGACGUGACCGACCGGGCGUCCGUCAAGGCGUGCGUGCGCGAGGCGGAGGGUGCGCUCGGCCCUGUGAGCGUGCUGGUGUCCAACGCGGGCGUGAUGCACUACACGCUGAUGAAGAACCUGCACGAGGACGAGUGGGCGCAGGCGGUCGACGUCAACUGCAAGGGCAUGCUCAACGCCGUCGGGGCGGUGCUGCCCGGCAUGCUCUCGCGCGGCAGAGGCCACAUCCUCACAAUCACCUCGGACGCGGGCCGCAAGGCCUUCCCCGGCCUCUCCGUCUACAGCGGCACAAAGUUCUUCAACGAGGCGGUCUCGCAGGGCUUGCGCGCCGAGUGCGUCGGUACGGGCGUCAAGGUGACGACCGUGCAGCCGGGCGACUGCCGCUCCGAGCUC